AUGGACUUGCAGCUGCACCGCGUCACCAGGCUGGUGCGAGACUACCAUGCUACUCUCCCGUGGAAAGCCAUCCACAUCGCCGGCACAAAUGGCAAGGGAACUACCGCUGCUUACCUGUCAGCCUUCCUCCACGGCAAGGGCGUCAAGGUUGGGCGCUUCAACUCGCCCCAUCUAAAGUAUCGACAUGACUGUAUCGUACUCAACGAGCAGACCGUGGACAAGGAUCUCUUUCUCGAGGUCGAGAGGCUGGUAAAGCUUCGUGACUCUGAAGCUAAGCUUGACUCAACUUCAUUCGAGCUCUUGACCGCGACUGCAUUUGAGAUUUUCUCCCAGCAGAAGGUUGAUGUCGCUGUGGUUGAAUGUGGAAUGGGUGGGCGACUCGACGCGACCAACAUCCUGCUACCGGAAGAGGUGCUGUGCUGUGCCAUCACCGGCAUCUCAUUAGAUCACCAAGACAUGCUGGGAGAUACGCUCGAGAAGAUCGCGGCAGAGAAGGCUGGUAUCAUCAAGACCGGCGUGCCCGUGGUAAUCAACAGCCACAACCAAAAGUCUGUCUUAUCCGUACUGAAGGCUCGGGCGGCCGCCUGUGGCUCUCCACUGUCUGAGAGCACAGCAUCCGAUGAGGAGCCCCUGUCGCGUUUAUCGAGAUCCGAGCUCGCUGUUGGCGCAAGCUCACAAGAGAACCUGGCAAUUGCAACGAGAGUUUUCGAGAAGCUCUCCCAGCCAGGCAGAUUUGAUGUCUCACCCUUGACCAAGGCGGAUGUUGUCAGCGCGGUGGCGCAGGUGAAGCAGACAUGGAAGGGCCGUCUCCAAUGGGAGGAUCUCGCCCGUCUUGCCACCUCCCAGAGCACCGCAGAAAGACAUUGCUUACUCGACGGUGCCCACAAUAAGGAAGGCGCUUCCCGACUACGGGCAUACGUCGAUCAGGUAAUUGCAGCCACUCCUCGCCCCGUUGUCUGGAUUGUCGCCAUGAGCUCUGGCAAAGAUGCGGAUGAAGUCUUGUCACAGUUGAUCAGAAAUGGUGACGGAGUUGUCGCUUGUGAGUUUGGCGAUGUAGAUGGCAUGCCCUGGGUUAAGCCGCACUCUGCCAAAGAUCUCAUAGCGAUCGCCGCAACGAAGACCUCGGGCACAACGUUGACAGCUCCUAACCCAGUCUCCGCCGUGCGAGCCGCUUUCACGCACGGCCCUGAAGAUGCCUUGGUCGUCAUUGGAGGUAGCCUGUACCUGGUCGGCCAAGUACUGAGGGAUCUUGACAAGCAUGCAUGA